AUGGACAGCAAACUUGAGCCCGUCCACAAAUGGAGCCAGCUGCCCUCACCAGAAGUGGUUCGCGCACAAGGCGACGCUCAGCAUCUUUUGGGAAUCAAUCCGGACAAGAGAAAGGUCUACUACCCGGACCCCCCUUACGUAUCACCCCCGCCUGUGAUAUUCGAGAAUAUGAGACUGUUUGUCAAAUGGGGGAGCAGCGUGAGAGUCUCAGAGGCUCAGUGUCUGUAUGCUAUCCGCCGAUUUCUUCGAGACAAUGUUCCAGUCCCUGAGGUAUAUGGCUGGCGUACAGAUGGAGACGAGAAGUUCAUUUACAUGGAAUAUACAGAGGGACAAACUCUGGAAAAGGUGUGGGAUAUGAUGGAACCUGACGAUCAGGUUUCGAUUUGCCAGGAACUUCGAACAAUCGUCGAUAAUUUACGCCGACUGGAACAGGACCCGUCUGAUCCAUUUAUAGGUAAAACGUCUUCCCCAACCCUAUAUUCUUCUAUUCUAUACCUAACCUUCUGUACUCUAGGCAACGUAGUACCCGGGCCAAUCGCUACAGUCCGGGAGUUUCACGAAUGGUUCACGUUUCUCCCCAGACGGCGAAUGUCGGAUCCAUACUCGGUCCCGGUCGAACCAUUUCGCCAUGACUUGCCUGAUAACAGUACAAUCAAGUUUACUCAUGGAGAUCUCCACCGAAGCAAUAUCAUUGUAACCCCGUUUGCCCCAUAUCGUAUUCUAGCGAUUGUCGACUGGGAGCAAUCGGGCUGGCUACCUGCGUAUUGGGAGGCCCGCAAGGCACAGUAUACUGCCCACUGGCGUGAAGAAUGGUCUGUUCGGUAUUUACCCAUGAUUUUGGAUCCGUAUACCAGCACUUGGGAGCCGUGGGACUGGUAUACGAGUUCUAUGGGAUGCUAG